UUAUCUGCAAACUGUUGUCAUUAAAACAACCACCAUUUACAAACAAUUGUUUUGUUCAAUAAAAAACUAAAUUUUGUCAAUUUAGAAGGAAAUAAAGAUUUUGUGAGAUCUAAAAACAAGAAUAAUGCACGGGCGUCUUAAAGUUAGAACCACUGAAGAGGAGCGCGAACAUAAAAAGAAAGAACAGGCCUUGAAAGUGAAAGCCUACAAAGCAGCCAUGCAGCUAAUAAUGACGAAACGUCAGAAGCAAGAAUACGAUGAUGAAAUGCUAAGUGCCAGCACACCUAUUUUACAAAGAAAUCCUGACGUUACUACACUUUGGAAUAUACGCCGAGAAUGCGUUUUGGAGAAAGUAAAAAAUAUUAAAUCUUUAACAGACGAGCAUUCCGAUGGCAAUGAAAAUGAAAGUGAAGAAGAGUCUGUGGCCACGAAACAGCGAAAAAUUCAACAAAUAUUUGAAGGAGAAUUAAAUUUCACUGAACAUUGUUUGCCGGUUAAUCCAAAAAGUUAUAAUAUUUGGCAUCAUCGUAUUUGGGUGCUGGAAAAUUCUCCACAAGCCAAUUGGCAAAAUGAGCUGGCAUUGUGUUCUUCGUAUUUAAAAAAAGAUGAGCGUAAUUUUCAUACUUGGGACUAUCGACGCUAUGUAGUAGAAAAAGCUAAAGUUCCCAAACAAAAGGAACUUGAUUUUUGUACGGAAAAAAUUAAAAUUAACUUUUCAAAUUAUUCAUCUUGGCAUCAACGAAGCUUAUUACUACCGAUACUCUACCCUUAUGAGGGUAAAGCCAAACCUAAAAAGCCAAUGAACGAAGAAAAACUAAAAGAGGAAUUGGAAAUGGUUUUAACAGCGGCAUUUACUGAUCCAAACGAUAGUUCAGCUUGGUUUUAUCAAAGAUGGCUAUUGGGUUAUUCUCGACCCGAAAUGGCGGUAUGCGCCUUUAGGGCUAAUCAAGAAAAAGCUGUAAUAGUUUUCACUAAACCACUUGCGAGUAAAGGUUUAAAAGUCACAUUGAAGUCAAGCGAUAAAGAACAAGAGUUAACAGAAUGGCAUACAGUUAAUUUAGGGCCUUCGGACUGCAUGCUUAAGACAACAUUAAAAGCGGAGAGUAAUUUAAAAAUUUUCAAUUAUAUCGAAGUUUGCACGCCUCUCUAUACCAGUGAAUUGCUGCCAUUGAAGAUCUUUCACGAUGACAUUUAUUACUUUCAAGCUUUAGUAAGUUGCACUGCAUAUACCGACGAUGUCUUAGAUGAACUUAAAGCCCAUUUGCAAAUGUGUGAAAAUCUCUUGGAAUAUGAACCAGAUAGUAAAUGGACUUUAUUAACUUCGGCUUUAUUAAUGCGUGCUAUUGACUCGCAAAAAUAUCAUUUAAAGGCAUUGAACUAUUUGGAGAAAUUGCAAACUGUUGAUAAUUUAAGAGAAAACUAUUAUAAAGAUUUAGCUUCCAAAUGGAUUUUAGAAAACGCCUUAAUGGAUUGGUCUAAAACUGAAAAUAUACCGAAACAAUUGAAUCUAAAUGAUUUAAAGCAAUUAACCACCUUAACCGAUCCUCAGUAUUUAUGCAUAGCCGAUGAAAUUUUACUAUCGGAUAAUUUAAAAGAACGGUGCACGGCACUGAAAACUUUUCAAGAAAUAUGAAAAUAGUUAAGUAUAGAAAUUUAUAUAAAU